CCAAUGAGGAGCGGCCUAUUCCUUUCUACAUGCAAAUACUGACCUCCUAUUUCCUCUCUGCCGUCUGUCCUCAGCGCUGCGACUGUGCCAUGCCCAAGCUGCAACAUUAGCACUCUUUACUUCCCCCCGUCUUCAUCACCCUGCGGGGAAAGACCCCUCUUUGCUUCCGCGAUCUCCGUCGCCUUUUUGUUUUCGACCCGUCUGCAGCGGAAUCCCACAUUUCCGAGGACAUGCCGAACAUCGUGCUUUUCAGCGGGAGCUCCCAUCAUGACCUGUCCCAGAAAGUGGCUGAUCGGCUCGGACUGGAGCUCGGGAAAGUGAUCACAAAGAAGUUUAGUAACCAGGAGACGUGCGUGGAAAUCGGGGAAAGCGUGCGCGGCGAGGACGUGUACAUCAUCCAAAGCGGCUGCGGCGAAAUCAACGACAACCUGAUGGAGCUGCUGAUCAUGAUCAACGCCUGCAAGAUCGCCUCGUCGUCCCGCGUCACCGCCGUCAUCCCCUGCUUCCCAUACGCCCGGCAGGACAAGAAGGACAAGAGUCGAGCGCCCAUAUCGGCCAAGCUGGUCGCCAACAUGCUGUCGGUGGCCGGCGCUGACCACAUCAUCACCAUGGACCUCCACGCCUCGCAGAUCCAGGGAUUCUUUGACAUCGCCGUGGACAACCUGUAUGCAGAGCCCGCCGUCCUGCAGUGGAUCAAAGAAAACAUCCCUGAGUGGAAGAAUUGCAUCAUCGUGUCUCCAGACGCCGGCGGAGCGAAGCGCGUGACGUCCAUCGCCGACCGCCUCAACGUGGACUUCGCCCUCAUCCACAAAGAGAGGAAGAAGGCCAACGAAGUGGACCGCAUGGUUCUGGUCGGGGACGUCAAGGACCGCGUGGCCAUCCUGGUGGACGACAUGGCCGACACGUGCGGCACCAUCUGCCACGCCGCCGACAAGUUGAUCGACGCCGGCGCCACCAAGGUCUACGCCAUCCUCACGCACGGCAUCUUCUCCGGCCCGGCUAUCUCCCGCAUCAACAGCGCGCCGUUCGAGGCCGUGGUGGUGACCAACACCAUCCCACAGGAGGAGAAGAUGAAGGCGUGCCCAAAGAUACAGGUCAUCGACAUCUCCAUGAUCCUGGCCGAGGCGAUCAGGAGGACCCACAACGGAGAAUCAGUUUCGUAUCUCUUCAGCCACGUGCCUCUGUGAGGAAGAACCAACCCCAGCCUCCUCCUCCUCGUCCUCCGGCGUUUCUCCUCCCACGAGGCCUCUCUGGCCGGCACUUUCUGGCCGAACGGCCUCGCUCGUCCCAAAACGGUCCCACCAACACACAUUUCCACCCAGCAGACAAGACCAAGUUUGUAUUUAUGACUUCCCUGUUAGCUCUAAGUUUCACUUCAACCAAGUGGUCCGUCAUGUCGCAUCUUCUUUUAAAUUUUCUGUUGAAUCCAGUUUCAGUCGUGCAUUCCUCACCGGCAUCCGACGCAAACAUUUAAAAGCGUCUCCUCAGCAGUCUGACUUGAUUAGGGAUUCUGACAUCACUUUUUUUUUUUGUUUGUUUCUUUUUGUUUUGUUUUGUUUUCAUCCUAAUUUUUAUUUUUAUUUUUACGAGCCACAGCAAAUGCAAGCUGCUGUCAUGACGUUAGCAUGACCCCUCUCUGAUCUAAUCCUUCUGAUUGUACUAAAAUGCUCUCCUAACUGACUCGACUCGAGGUGCGGCAGGCGCGUCGUCGCCUGCUUUCUCCAAAAAAAAAAAGAAAAAAAAGAAAAGGUCAUGAGAAGCGAUGGAGCCCAAAGCUUUUGUUUAGUUUUUUUAAAUAGUGCUAAGAAUCCGGGACUUAUUUGUUGUAAAUCGCCGUCGCUGCCACAGCUGUAACGGGUCACUUCUGUUGAGUAAAGGCAGAUUUCACAGUGUGCCUGAAAGCGGCUUGAAAGGUGAUUAAAACAAAGAAAUGUGCUGAUUUUUUAUUUUUUAUUUUUUAAUCUACCACAGGAAAAGCUGUUUCUUUUAAUAAUAAAGCUCUGAAAAUUGCAAACUGA